UUUGAUUAUAAAUUAAGGAAAAUAUUAUAUAAAUAAAUAUUUCAAAAAUAAAAUGAUUAAUAUACCAUGGUUUGUUAGAUGGGGUGUAGAUUGUGCACUCUUCUUUGUACCAGCAUAUACUUUCGCUUAAUAUCCUACAACUGUAUUUGUUUUUGCAGCUGAAAGAAGAAGAAAAAAAGAAGAUUAGAUUUUAAUGAAGUCAAAUUAAGAGAUAAACCUACGUAUGAAAUAAAUUAAGUUUAAGUUUUGAUAAAUAAGAUAAAUUUAAAAUAAUGAAUUUAUAAAAGAAAAAAUAUCAUUUAUUUUAUGUUGAUUUAUUUUUACAUUGUAGACAACAUCAAUUUUUAUGAUGUUAUAAAAAAUAUAAAACUUUAUAAAUAUCUUAUCAAUAGCAAACAA